AUAAAAUAGUAAAUCCUAUUUAUUUUUUUAUUUUCUAUAUUGAUAACAUAGAAAAUCUUACUUUUUAUUUUUUAUUUUUCCAUAUUGAUGAUAUAGAAACAGCUAGUUUUAUGUCCUAUUUGUCUAUAGUAAUAAUAAUAAUUUAGAAAAUGCUGAUUUUAAUUUCUUAUUUUUUGCAUUCGUCAUAUGGAGAAUGUUAUUUUUUAUUUUUCUACAUUGGUAACAAAGAUAACAAUUUGUUUUAUUCUCUAUUUUUUGUAUAUUGUUGACAUAGAAAAUCUUAGUUUUUAUUUUGUAUUUUUCUAUAUCGAUAAUAUAGAAAAAUAAGAAUUAAAACUAACUGAUAUUUAUAUUAUCAAUUAAAAUCAAUAAGAAUUCAAAGAUAAGAUUUUCUAUAUUAUCGUUAUAGAGAUAUCAAAAAUUAAAAUUAAGAUUUUCUAUAUUAUCAAUAUAAAAAAAUCAAAAAUAAUAAAUAAAAUUUUCUAAACUGGCAAUUUAGAAAAACAAGAAAUGAGAAUUAAGAUUCUUGUAUUAUUGAUAUAGAAAAUAAAAGCAAUAAACGAACUGUUAUGUAUAUUACCAACAUAGAAAAAUUAAAAGUAAAACUAAUUGUUAUUUAUAUUAUCAAUAUAGAAAAAUGAAAAAUAAUGAAUAGGAUUUUAUAUAAUAUCAAAUAUAGAGCAAAUGUUGACUAUACUUGUUCUAAAAUAAGACUGAAGUUUAUGUGCAAAAAAACGAAGCAAAGUAGCAGAUCAGACUGAUCAUUUCCAUGUGUAUAAGAAAUAUUUGAGAAGUUUGAUUUAAUUGAAAUAAAUCUAUAAUAUUAAUAAGCAUCUCAUAUAGCUCUAUGCCAUCAUCUAUAAGUAGAAAAUAAUAUUAUCUACUCGAAUUUUAUGUCUCCCAAUCUCUUUGAUUUAGAAAGCAGAAAGUGUUGUUUUGUUUCUGACUCUCAUCUUCGAGUUGUUUGACACAUUAUUAAAGGUCUCAUACCGUUUUACAUGUAUUUGUUUUUUGUCGAUGGAAGAAAAGAAAUAAUACUAAAAUGUACUUUCUUCCAAUUGCACUGAGACAUUAAACAUAUUAAAAAUACAUGACAUUACAUGUAAUAAAAAUGAAAAUUGAUUAAAUAGUAUUAAAUUUAAUCAAGAUCUCAAUUAUAGCUAGACUCUUCAUAGAUAAAUUAAGAAGGAUGAAAUUAUUUAAAUUAUUUUUAAGGAGCUUAUAAAACUGCAUGACAUUUUUUAUUAACUUCAUCGAUUCUGUAACUGUCCAUUCAAGAUAUAAUCAUAGAAAUAUUGUUUCUAGUCUAAAGCUGAAGUUAGUAUCAAUAUAUGUAAAUCUUUAGAAAAUUCUAGACCAACAAAACAAAACUUUCUUCUAAGAUUUAACCAGUUCCGAUUGCGAUACAAUAACAAUUUGAAGAAGAAAUCUUCACACUUAUUGCUAUUGAGAAUACCUAAAAUCAUGAUGAAAUCUUUUACGAUCGUUGCUUUUUUAUGAGAGUCCCCAAAAAUUUACACCUAUUGAAUAACCUACAAAACAUAAGCUUGCAAACAUUUUAGAUCAAGAUUUUCAUAGGAGAUUCGUAUUGUUUUGUAAAGAAGCGAAAAUACUUAAAUUUAGAAAGAUCGAAAUCGAUCCGUGAUCGAAACUACUAUUGUUUAAAAAAACGUGUUUCAUACCCUAUUAAGUUGAAAAUUGGAAAUCCAUUAGAAAUGAAUUCACAAUAAAAGAUUUGAUUGAUUCGUAUAUAGAUUAUUGUUUGUGCUACAAUGCAGAAUAAUGAAUAUGACAGAUUCUUCAAAUAUUCUUGAACUUGGGAAAGAUUUGUUUUUGAGUUCUUCUUAUCUACUAAAAUUUGAACUUACGUAUUAUUUUAUCUAAACUUAUCUUAUUUAGCACUUCGAUUAGUCUUUCUACAAACUGCUUGUUUGUUUGAGAUUCAGGAAUAAAUUACUCAAUAAUAAGUAUGAUGCAAAAUUCAUGGCAUAAAAUAUUUUCGAAUGAUGUAUGAUUUAUAUUUGUCACACAUUCGUAAAUGGAAUAAGAAAGAAAAAUACUUACACAAAAAAUUUGUAAUUUUUUUAUAUGAAUCAGUCAAAAACGUCUUAUGCAUGGUAGUUAAGUAUAAUUAACUAUUGUUAUUAUCUAGCAAGAUGUUUUUAACGAAUUCAUAUAAAAGUGGCAAAUUUAUUUUGUCUCAUUUCACUCAGAAAUGUGUGACGAACAUAAAUCAUACACCGUUUCCUAUCAACUGAUAAUAAAAUUGUUUUUUCUUACGUUCAAAUUCUAUUAUAACUCAUUUUAUUGUAAAAUCCAAACAAUAAAAAAUGAAAUAAUUUUUAAAUAUAUUUCAAACUCGAACUAACGAAAUCAGUGAAUAUGUUGAAAAAAUUCGAUAUAAAAGCAUAUUUCAUUUACGAUAAAAUUCGAGUUAAUCACAAUUUUUCACAUUAUCAGUAAAAUUUUAGUUAGUUUCAAAAUAUUUGAAAACGUCAACAAUAUUUGUUUUCAACAUUGAGAAAAGCCAGAUUCUAAUCAAGUUCAUAAGUAAAAAGCUUUUGUAAUUGAGAGCAGUUCAAUACUGUUUAAAGCAAAUGAGAAUGAUUCAUUUCAAUGAAAUCGAUGUUUAUUUCUACUUCAUACUUUUGUUUCCAUUUCAGUACCACUACGUGCGAGUUCCACUGAUAUUCAUCCCAAUGCAAAAUGGGCACAGAAUGCUAUCACAGUUGCUGGAGGAAAUGGACGAGGCAGUGAAACCAAUCAACUUAAUCGUCCAUUUGGUUUGUACGUCUAUGAUGAUCAAACGAUUUAUGUCGCUGUUUAUGCGCAUCAUCGUAUUGUGGAAUGGAAAUCUGGUGCAACGAAUGGAAAAGUAGCUGCUGGUGGAAAUGGAUCAGGUAAUGGAGCUCAUCAGCUAAACUACCCACGAGAUGUGAUUAUCGACAAAGAGAGCGAUAGUCUCAUCAUCAGUGAUCGGGAUAAUAAAAGAGUAGUUCGAUGGCCUCGUCGAAAUGGUACUCGUGGAGAAACAAUGAUUUCCAAUAUCUCUUGCGGAGGUUUGACAAUGGACGACAAUGGUUUUCUCUAUGUCGUUGACAAUGAAAAACAUGAAGUGAGACGAUAUAAAAUUGGUGACACUCAAGGAACAGUGGUUGCAGGUGGCAAUGGACAAGGAAGUCGUCUCGAUCAACUCUCUAAGCCCACCUACGUAUUUGUCGAUAGAGAUCAUUCAGUUUAUGUGUCUGAUUAUGAAAAUCAUCGUGUAAUGAAAUGGGAAGAAGGUGCAAAACAAGGCAUUGUCGUAGCCGGUGGUCAAGAAGGAAGUAGUCUUACACAAUUGUGGAAUCCCAAUGGAGUCGUUGUCGAUCAAUUGGGUACUGUCUAUGUGGCUGAUUGUGGGAAUAAUCUAAUUAUGCGUUGGCCAAAAGGAUCCACACAAGGAAGUGUCAUUGUUGGUGGAAACGGUAAAGGAUCACAGUCGAAUCAACUCUAUCGUCCCGUUUGUUUAUCAUUCGAUCGACAUGGCAAUCUCUAUGUCGCCGAAUGGGGAAAUAAUCGAGUACAAAAAUUUAAUAUCGAAACAAAUUCAAUGCGAUGA